AUGAGCCUCCUGGAACGGCUGAAAUCCCAUUUCUUGAGCCACUUGAUCAUCUGCUAUGUGUUCCUGUUCAGUGGCCUCAUUGUAAACCUGCUGCAGUUCUGCACUUUACCUCUGUGGUUGGUCAGUAAGCAGCUGGCCCGUAAGGUCAACUGCAGACUGGCCUACUGCAUCAGUAGCCAGAUGGUAGCAGUCCUGGAGUGGUGGUCUGGAACAGAGUGCUCGCUCUACACAGACCCAAAGAGUUACCCAUUGUAUGGUAAUGAAAAUGCAAUUGUGGUUCUCAAUCACAAUUUUGAGAUAGACUUCCUGUGUGGCUGGACCUUCUGUGAGAGAUUUGGAGUUCUUGGGAGUUCAAAAGUAUUGGCCAAAAAAGAGCUGGCUUAUGUACCAGUAAUUGGUUGGAUGUGGUACUUCCUGGAGAUUGUUUUCUGCAAGAGAAAGUGGGAGGAGGACCGAAAGACGGUGGCUCAGAGUCUCCAGAACCUGCGGGAUUAUCCAGAAAACUUCUGGUUCUUGCUUUACUGUGAAGGAACGCGCUUCACACCACAGAAGCAUGAGAUCAGCAUGCAGGUGGCAGAGAGCAAAGGUUUACCCAAGCUGAAGUACCAUCUUUUGCCCAGGACCAAAGGAUUCUGGAUCACUGUCCAAAACCUCAGGGGAACUGUUGCAGCUGUAUAUGACUCCACGCUGAACUUCAGAAACAACGAAAUGCCAACCUUGCUUGGAAUUCUUAAAGGGAAGAAAUAUCACGCUGAUUUAUAUGUGAGGAGAAUCCCUCUAGAGCUGAUCCCAGAGGAUGAGGCAGAGUGUGCUGCUUGGCUCCACAAACUCUACCAGGAAAAGGACAGCUUUCAAGAGCACUAUAUACAGACUGGGCGUUUCCCUAGUCCCAUAGUGAACCCUCCAUGCCGUCCCUGGGCCUUGGUCAACUGGAUAUUCUGGUCCUGCCUGCUCCUCUAUCCACUGGGACUGCUACUGGUACAACUCAUCAGCUCUGGAUCCAUGUUCACCAUCGUAGCUUCUGUGACUCUCUGCACUGCAGCAUCACUGGCAGUUCGCUGGAUGAUUGGCCAGACUGAGAUUAACAAAGGCUCAAGCUAUGGGAAUAAGGAGACUCCUCUAAACAAGAACUAG